CUUCUCGAUAACCACCUCACGCCACAACACUCAGUCGCCAUGUCGGACGGAAAGGACAAGAGCGCCAACCCCAUGCGCGAGCUGCGCAUCCAGAAGCUCGUGCUGAACAUCUCGGUCGGUGAGUCUGGUGACAGACUUACUCGUGCCGCGAAGGUGCUUGAGCAGCUGUCUGGUCAGACCCCCGUCUACUCCAAGGCCCGCUACACCGUCCGUACCUUCGGUAUCCGCCGUAACGAGAAGAUCGCCGUCCACGUUACCGUCCGUGGCCCCAAGGCUGAGGAGAUCCUCGAGCGUGGCCUGAAGGUCAAGGAGUACGAGCUCCGUAAGCGCAACUUCUCCGAGACCGGCAACUUCGGUUUCGGUAUCUCCGAGCACAUUGAUCUGGGUAUCAAGUACGACCCCGGUAUCGGUAUCUACGGCAUGGACUUCUUCUGCUGCAUGACCCGCCCCGGUGAGCGUGUCGCCAAGCGCCGUCGCUGCAAGUCCACCAUCGGUGUUAACCACAAGAUCAACACCACCGAGACCAUCAAGUGGUUCAAGAACCGCUUCGACGGUAUCGUCCGGUAA